AUGCUUCCUAACUUGGAGGGAGACGUAUGGGAAAAUCCGAUCAAGCCAGAAGAGAACAUUUGUGACCACGUGGAUAUGUUUAUGUGUGGUGAUGACAGGAAGGACUGUAUCCACAUCACUGACACGUGUAACGGGGUUAGCGAGUGCGCUUCUGGUAGGGACGAAAGCGUGGAAGUUUGCGGCUGCCCACCCCACGAGUUUCAGUGUAACAAAACGAUCUGUAUAGACAUCAUCAAGCGUUGUGACACUCGGACGGACUGCCAGGAAGGCAACGACGAGGAAAACUGUGAAACCUACAUCUGCCCCAGCACGCAUGUCAAAUGUGACAAUCAUUUGUGUGUGCCGCGAGACUCCCAGUGUGAUUUUGUAGACGACUGUGGGGAUGGUUCCGACGAAGAGGAUUGCUUCCGGCGGAAGUGUCACAGUACCGAGUUCAAAUGUAACAACUCCCAGUGUUUAGCAAACAUCUUCCUAUGCGAUGGAGAGGUGAACUGUGCAGACGGGAGUGACGAGGUAGACUGUGACAGGCAUAUUCAGUGUGAUCGGGGCUUCUAUGUGGAAGUGGACAGAGCCUGUGAUGGAUGGGUUGACUGUGAAUACAACCAAGUUGACGAGACUAACUCAUUACACAGAUCUGAACCUCUUACCUUGAAUCUUUGUGGUCACUGUGCAGCCAAUCAAUAUAGGUGUGAGAACGGUCGGUGCAUUCACUCAGCCAAUCAUUGUGACGGUGUGUGUGACUGUGCCCAUACGUGCGACGAUGAACUACAGUGUGGAGACAUCAUCUGUUCUCCUGGACAGAGGUACAUUUGUCCCAAAACGAGGAGAUGCAUUGACAAGAAAUACCUCUGUGACGGAGUCAACGACUGCUGGAAUACGGACGCCGGGGCUGACGAAUACUUCUGCUGGAAUGUCAGCCAGCAGUGUUCCGACUUCAAGGACCCGGUGCUCGCCACCAGCUCUGUGGUAUGCCCCGAGGGUCGCUGUGUUCCGGCGACGCUCAGCAACAAAACGAUCCUCUGUAAUUUCGUCGCCGAUUGCCUGGGCGCUGAGGACGAAGUCAACUGUGAUUAUCCUCUUUGCGACAGUGACCAGUUCCGUUGUACUAACGGUCAAUGUGUCGCUACAUCCGCUCGCUGUGACGGCGUAGCCGACUGCCUUGACAGGAGUGAUGAGUCGAGUUGUGGAAGUUUCAAGUGUCCUGAUGGUCAGCGGAAAUGUGCCAGCGGCCAUUGCGUGUCAAACAGGAAGUGGUGUGACUUUCAGCGCGACUGUCCGGACAACAGUGACGAGGUGAAUUGUGAUGACUGGAAGUGUGGCGCCAAUCAGUUCAAAUGUCGCAACAGCUACUGCAUUGAUAAAUCCCAAGAAUGUGACUCCUUUCCGGAUUGCGCCAUGUCUUAUUGGGAUGAACUUCACUGUGCUUUUGCGUGCCCAACGCCCAGUAAUGAGUGCAUUUGUGAAGACGUGGAGUUAAACUGUGAAAACAGAGGACUUCACCGUCUGCCGAAUAGCAUAGAGCACAGCUACUCCAAAUACCGUCUGGCGGGAAACUUUCUCAACUGGACGUUGUCGCCAGAGACUUUCCAGUCGUACGACCGCUUGACCAUUUUGGAUAUCAGUAACAACUCUCUGCGAAUGAUUUCCCCAUCAACAUUCUCAACGCUAUGGAGACUACAAGUUCUAAAUUUGGAAGACAACAGGAUUUCGACAUUUCGCAGGGGAACAUUUGCUGGUCUAAGUAACGUCAAACAAUUAUAUUUAAAGGGCAAUGCUAUUACUUAUCUCGAAAAGGGAUCAUUUACUGGGCUUCAAAACCUACGUGCGCUAGAUAUUAGUCAGCAAAAUAUACAAACCAUCGGAAGGAAUCCAUUCGACAAUCUGCGCUCUUUGCUUAAUCUGAAUCUUUCCGGAAAUCAUAUUGCACUGAUUGAAGAUGGUGCUUUCACUGGGCUUCGCAACCUUCUUGUGUUAGACAUCACAAACAACCCAAUUGAAGCCAUUGAGCGUCACGUCUUUCAUGGACUUCCCCGUCUAAAGAUGCUUUACACGGACGAGUACAGGUUCUGUUGCCUAGCGACUGGCGUGGCCUGUUCCGCAAAGCCCGAUGAGUUCUCAUCUUGUCAAGACCUUAUGUCCAACUUUGUCCUGCGCAUAAGCAUCUGGGUGCUGGGCAUGGUAGCCUCGUUUGGAAACCUGCUUGUGAUUGGCUGGAGAGUGAGGGACUUCCGCAGUGGAAAGGUGCAUACUUUCCUUAUCACUAACCUGGCGCUGGGGGAUUUCUUGAUGGGAGUUUACCUGAUGAUUAUCGCAGUUGUGGAUUCUUAUUACCGCGGUGUUUACAUCGUCCACGAUAAGGCCUGGAGAAAAAGUGCUCUGUGUAAAAUUGCCGGAUUUCUCUCCACGUUUUCCAGUGAAAUAUCCGUGUUUACACUGACAGUGAUUACCCUGGAUCGUCUUGUUUGCAUCAUCUUCCCUUUCAAGAUCAGUCGCCUCGGACUCAAACAGGCCCGCAUUUUAAUGGCCUUCGUUUGGGUUCUAGUUUUAACAUUAUCUGGCGUUCCUCUCUUAGAGUUGAACUAUUUCGAGAAUUUUUACGGUCGUUCUGGGGUUUGUUUGCCUCUUCACAUAACGCACCAGCGGCCUCCGGGCUGGGAAUAUUCAGUCUUUCUAUUCAUUGGAUUAAACUUUGUCUCCUUCUUAACGAUAGCCGUGUCGUACUCGUGGAUGUUUAUCGUGGCAAAGCGCACUCACCAGGCGGUGAGAGCUCCAGAGACGAAGGCGGACAACGCCAUGGCUAAGAGAAUGACUCUUAUCGUCAUGACAGACUUUUUCUGUUGGGUUCCUAUAGUUUUUCUGGGAAUCGCCUCGUUGGCAGGUGCAAGAAUUCCAUCCGAGGUGUAUGCCUGGAUAGCUGUCUUCAUCCUUCCCGUCAAUUCAGCCAUUAAUCCCGUGCUGUAUACAAUCUCUACAGCUCCCUUCCUCAUGAAUAUCCAGAAGAGAGCGUCAUAUGUGAGAAAGUCGUUCAUUGGCUCCGUAAAUGGAGAUACACGUCAGACCUAUACAGAUGACCGCAGUAGUAAUUAUUUCGAAAGAAGCAAGUCACAGUCACAGUAUAGACAGUUGGAGCUAAUACGCUUGCGCAGUCUCAACCGUUCUCCUCUUAGACUUCCAAGGAAUAUAUCGUCCAAUCCUGAGGAAACAGACGACAGCACACGCCAACUAGCGGCAAACCCCCACAACAGAGAAACAGAUACGGAUUCCGAGUGGUAGUUUCGUGUAUCAUUUUCAGACGCUUUAUUUAUGCAGUUCUGUU